GCAGAAAUCACCGGACGUGAGGCGAUGUAUUUGAGCUGCAUUGUGGGAGCGGGAAAACGCCGCACAGACGCACGCUGCUAGUGAGCGAGCACAAAGACUUCAACUCCAGAUCAAUAAAGAUAUAACCAUGUCGAUUGGUGUUCCCAUCAAAGUGCUCCAUGAAGCAGAGGGCCACAUUGUGACUUGUGAAACCAAUACUGGUGAGGUGUACAGGGGGAAACUGGUAGAAGCUGAGGAUAACAUGAACUGUCAGAUGUCUAACAUUACUGUGACGUAUCGGGAUGGCCGAGUAUCACAGCUGGAGCAAGUCUACAUUCGUGGCAGCAAAAUUCGCUUCCUCAUCCUGCCUGACAUGUUGAAAAACGCACCAAUGUUAAAGAGCAUGAAGAAUAAAAAUCAAGGAGCAGGAGCUGGAAGGGGCAAGGCAGCUAUUCUUAAAGCUCAAGUUGCUGCGAGAGGUCGGGGCCGAGGAGGGCCAGGAGCAAGAGGAAAUAUCUUCCAGAAAAGACGAUAGUUGGAAUCCUGGGAUGGCUUCAAUGUGUACAGUUUUCUGUUUUACCUUUCGUGUUAAUAGCUUGCUUAAGUUAGAAACCCGUGUUGAUUUGACUGAUGUUGCAGAGCAUUUUUUUAUUUUUUUUUGUUUUUUUUUAAGGUUUUUUCACCUCCUUUUCUCUUUACCAUAAUAAAGGCAGCUCUUUGCUUUUA